CCCUUCUUGGAGAGAGAGAGAAGCAGGCACUGCUGCUGCCGGGCAGCGGACCACAAACCUCCCUGCCCUGUCCUGGGGCUCACAGAGGGAAUGAGAGGCGGCCUUGAAGCAGCUGUACCAGCCAGCCUGCCCGACUUAGGACAGCGAGGAACAGUCCAGCCCCACAGCAAAGUGAUCUCAUUUGCUCUCCAGAGUCCGAACUCUGCAGAGGAGCUGCUCCUCUGGAGACCUGCUGCCUGAGUGCCGUGGAAUGGGCAAGACCAAAGCCUUCUAGGAGCUGCUGCUGCUUCGGGGGGAUUCUCACGUUCUUCGAGACAGUGCCCUGGGUUCUGGAAGAGAGCAAUGGCCAAGCGCACCUUCUCCAGCCUGGAGAUCUUCUUAAUUUUCCUCCUUUUGUUAAUGACGGCGAUCACAGUGGGCCUACUCAGUCUCCUCUUCAUCACCAGUGGGAUCUCAGAAGAAUAUAAAGGCCAAGGUUCUCUUACCACUCAGGGCCCUACGGUCUCUUCAACAGCCCAAGGUCUUCUAUCCACCCAAGAUCCUUCGGCCACCCAGGGCCCUAUAAACCCCCAAGCAUCUUCAACAACCCAAAGUCCUCCACCCAGUCAACAGCCUCCCGUCACCCAAGGUCUAACAACAACCACUCAAGGUCCUCCUCCAUUCCAGAACUUCAGUGGCUACCAUAUUGGUGUUGGGCGAGCUGACUGCACAGGACAAGUGGCAGACAUCCCCUUGAUGGGCUAUGCCAAGUCGGGCCAGACAGCUCAGGGGAUUCUCACCCGCCUCUACAGCAGGGCUUUUGUCCUGGCUGAGCCAGAUGCCUCCAAGCGAGUGGUGUUUGUCAGCAUCGACAUUGGUAUGGUGUCCCAGCGAGUCAGGCUCGAGGUGCUGAAGAGAUUGCAGAGUAAAUAUGGCGACCUGUACACCCAGGAGAACGUGGUCCUGAGCGGCACUCACACUCACUCGGGGCCCGCCGGCUAUUUCCAGUACACCAUCUUUGUGCUUUCCAGUGGAGGAUUUAGCAAAAGGACUUUUGAGUUCAUUGUGGAUGGCAUCGUGAAGAGCAUUGAUUUGGCACAUAGAAACAUGAAGCCAGGAAAGAUCUUUGUCAAUAAGGGAAAUGUGGAAGGCGUUCAGAUCAACCGGAGUCCUUAUUCUUACCUGCAGAAUCCACAAUCUGAAAGAGACAGGUAUUCUGCUAACACAGAUAAGGAAAUGAUGGUACUGAAGAUGGUGGAUCUGAAUGGAGAAGACCUAGGGCUGAUCAGCUGGUUCGCAGUACAUCCAGUAAGCAUGAACAACACUAACCACCUGGUCAAUAGUGACAAUGUUGGCUACGCCUCUUACAUGUUUGAGCAAGAGAAGAACAGAGGACAGCUGCCUGGCCAAGGGCCGUUUGUAGCUGCUUUUGCCUCAUCAAAUCUUGGGGAUGUGUCACCCAAUACCCUUGGACCUCACUGCAUCAACACUGGGGAGUCAUGUGACAACUUCAACAGCUUUUGUCCAAUUGGUGGGUCAGACAUGUGCAUGGCUGCGGGGCCUGGGAAGGAUAUGUUUGACAGUACCCGGAUCAUAGGAGACACCAUUUAUCAGAAAGCCAAGGAAUUGUACGAUGCAGCUUCCCAGGAGAUCACGGGCCCUCUAUCUGCAGCUCACCAGUGGGUCAACAUGACGGAUGUCACUGUGCAGCUCAAUUCCACACACACGGCAAAAACCUGUAAACCUGCCCUGGGCCACAGCUUUGCAGCUGGUACCAUUGAUGGUGUUGGAGGCCUCAAUUUUACACAAGGUGCAACUGAAGGAGACCCCUUUUGGGACAGCAUUCGUGACCAGCUCCUGGGAGAGCCAUCCAAUGAGACCAAGGAUUGUCAUAAACCGAAGCCCAUCCUUCUCAGUACAGGCGAGAUGUCAAAACCUCACUCCUGGCACCCUGAGAUUGUUGACGUCCAGAUCAUUACUCUUGGAUCCUUGGCAAUAGUUGCUAUUCCUGGAGAGCUGACGACAAUGUCUGGAAGGCGACUUCGGGAGGCUAUUCAAAAGGAAUUCGAAACUAGUGGGAGGCAGAACAUGAGUGUAGUGAUUGCAGGACUCUGCAAUGUUUAUACACAUUACAUUGCAACCUAUGAAGAGUACCAGGUUCAGCGCUAUGAGGCAGCAUCCACGAUUUAUGGUCCCCAUACUCUCUCUGCCUAUAUCCAGUUGUACAGAGGCCUCGCCAGGGCAAUCGCCACGGACACGGUUGCUAAUUUAAGCCGGGGGCCGGAGCCACCCUUUUUCAGCCAACUGAUGCUGCCCUUGACGUCCAAUCAAGUUGAUAAAACUCCAGGGAACAUGAUGUUUGGGGACGUGCUAGAGCCAGCCAAGCCGGAGUACCACGGGGGCGAGGUUGCCGAGGUCAUGUUUGUUGGUGCUAACCCGAAGAAUUCAGCCGAGAACCUGACAGAUCACACCUUCUUGACAGUUGAGAAAUACGAUAACACUUCAGCGGUGUGGCAGACAGUGCAUAAUGAUGCCUCAUGGGACACCAGGUUUUACUGGCACAAAGGAUCCUCUGGUCAGAGCAAUGUGACGAUUGAGUGGCACAUCGCGGACGCCACCCCGCCAGGCCUCUACAGGAUCCGCUACUUUGGGCAUAACCGGAAGCAGAACUUCCUGCAGCCGGCUGUGAUUCUUGCUUUCCAAGGGGCCUCAGCCCCUUUCUGGGUGGUGGGUCCCCAGUGAGGAGCUGAUAACCGACUGAAAGAGCCCUUCUCUUUGAUGUUCCUCAUGGAACUGGUGGAGGAUGGGGACAAACCACCACAUCGGCGUCUGCCACCUACCCCUUCACACCUGACACUUAGUGCUAACAGGCUGAACGUGGAUCUGCACACACGCCCCGGUGGGUGUUGGGGUGUGGGUCUGGGAAUCUUGCGAAGCUGUGGGAUGCACUGGGAGAAAGCCAUAAUCAUCCAGUCUCAUUACUGACUUCUGCUGAUGCCAUCCAGAAGAGCAAGUAAUUUCAGAGCAGAACCU